GACUGUGAUUCAUUGAGGUAUGUGUUCACAAUUGUUCUUGCUGCUCACCUUACAGAUGUUUAUUGGAAGCGGCAAUCGGUAACUUAGAGCUGAAUGUUUUUUGCUGCUGAACCUCAGGUUGGAAGAUCUUGCAGGAUAAUUUGAGAGAAACGUGGACCAACGAGUCAUCCUUCGACUUAUUGGCUCGACCCCCGCGGCAAGCUGAACAUCCGCAAGCUGAAAACCCGCAGCAAUGGCGGAAUGGCUCGUCAUGUUUGGUUGUUUUGCGCCUUAGUCGGCGCAACGCGUGCAAAGAGUGGACAUAUCCACAAUGAGGCCCCCAGCUGCCAGUUUCUGCAGACUCAUGUGAGUCUCACUGAUUACUUGGUCGAGGGUGGCCACAACGAGACUAUGAAAGGCAUUUGUGUGCCACGGUCCAACCUCACAAUGAAGGAUUUGGCGGAUCCAAUUAUGGAUGUGUCAGCUCGAUAUGACCAAGAUGGCUGGUGCGUGUUUGGUUCGGAGGCGAGUUGGGCGAGAGAUUGCGCAGUUGCCCGCCGAACGCGCAAUGUCAACAACUUUGCUUUGGCGUUUGAGCCCUUCUACUCUCCGAUCCUGAACAGUUCUACAUCAACGCCUUUUACCUUUCGGCUGUUCGACGGUCGGACUUUGGUUGUCCGUGAUCACGUUGUCCCAUGCGAUGACCUGUACUGUUUUGUGAACAACUGGUACGACCUACCGCGGGCUGAAGUUGUCAAGAAUUUCACCUUCCUCGAAGAAGUCUCGGACAAGUGGUGCAAGCACUUGGAAAAGAUUGUGCCCAAUUUCUUUGGAAUUUCCUUCAAUGACCUGAUGAACGAGUCCUUGGUGGAUGAGUCAUUUUUGUUGAAUUUGGAAAAGGAUGGUGCCACUUCAGGGGAUGUACCUGAGUGGGUGGUAAAUGGCAUGUACCUCCAUGCGGCAGCGAAAUGCCUUUUGCGAGGAGGGAACAAAGGAGCAUUGUGUGACAUCGCCAAUUGCGCAGAACGUGCAUGCUUCGGUGAGGACAGGAGCACACUCCUGUACACAACGCGUGGUGAGUGCACAAAGGUAGCAUUCAAACAAUAAGUAAAGCAAUGUUUU